AUGGCAAGCGUGAUGUCCAAAGGGAUCAGCAUUGAAUCUGAGCCAUGGCUGGCAGACCAUGACAGCUCGCUGCCAAAGAUCCACAUUGGCAUCUGCGCAAUGGACAAGAAGGCGCACUCGAGGCCCAUGAGUGCCAUUGUAGAGCGAUUGGAGGCCUACGGCGAGUUUGACAUCAAGUACUUUGGCGAUGAGACCAUUCUGCACAAGCCCAUCACCGAGUGGCCCACCUGCGACUGCCUCUUGUCCUGGCACUCUGAUGGCUUCCCGCUCCCUAAGGCGCAGAAAUAUGCUGCGCUGAGGAAGCCCUACCUCAUCAACGACAUGGUCAUGCAGGACGUUCUGCUGGACAGGCGCAGAGUCUAUGGCUCCCUCCAGGAGAAUGGCAUUCCAGUCCCUCAUCACAUCUGCGUGGACAGGGAUAAUCUGCCACCGGGCACAGACCCCCCAGGCUUUGUGGAGACUGAGGAUUAUGUCGAGCAGAAUGGCGUGCAGAUAAAGAAGCCAUUUGUGGAGAAGCCAGUGAGCGGAGAGGACCACAACAUUUACAUCUACUACCCUCACGCCAUGGGAGGGGGUGUCAAGCGGUUGUACCGCAAGAUUGAGAAUCGCUCUGGCGACUAUGACCCCAAUCACCCUGGCACUGUCAGGCGGGAUGGCUCGUAUAUCAUAGAGGAGUUCCUCACCACAGGCGGCACAGACGUGAAGGUGUACACAGUGGGUCCGCGCUAUGCGCAUGCUGAAGCACGGAAGAGCCCAGUGGUGGAUGGCAAGGUCACGCGCUCUGCUGAUGGCAAGGAGCUCCGCUUCCCUGUGCUGCUCUCGCCGCAGGAGAAGGAAAUUGCCAGGAUGGUGUGUCUGGCGUUUGGCCAGAAGGUCUGCGGCUUUGACUUGCUACGCUCGGAGCGGGGCAAGAGCUACGUCUGCGAUGUCAACGGCUGGUCCUUUGUCAAGAACUCCCACAAGUACUACGACGAUGCGGCCGGGAUUCUGCGCAGCAUCAUUCUGAGCGCGAUCGCACCACACCGGCUGGCGACGGCGCCGCCGCAGCUGCCCAUGUCCUCGGCUAACUCGGCAAAGGACGAUGCCAUGAUGCUGGCUGAGCGCCAGGCAACAGAGGAGCCCAACUUCUUGCCCUAUGCCGCCAUGGACAGCAGCGAUGAGGUGGACGACAGGCAUUAUGAGGAGCUGCGCUGCGUGCUGGCUAUUGUUAGGCAUGGAGACCGCACGCCCAAGCAGAAGAUGAAGAUGAAGAUCACACAGGAGCCCCUGCUGGAGCUGCUGCGGAAGCACAUGGACUCCAAGGGCAAGCAGGCAAAGCUGAAGAGCCCCGCCGAGCUGCAGGAGCUGCUAGAUGUCACCAGGGCUCUGCUGGCAGACAUGGACAAGAACCGAUCUGCCAAGGGGGCCGACGGUGACGGCGCAGUAGCCACAGGAGAGCUGAAGCUGGACGCAGACCAGGACGAGCUGCGCGAGAAAUUUGGCAUUGUGCGGACGGUGCUGGAGCACGGCGGCAGCUUCGCGGGAGUGAACCGGAAGGUGCAGCUGAAGCCGCUGCGGUGGGCGCCGCCGGAGGAGGGGUCGCAGGACGCGCCGCGCAUCGUCGAGGCCCUGCUCAUCCUCAAGCACGGCGGCGUCCUCACCCAUGCCGGUCGCCAGCAGGCGGAGGCUCUGGGCAAUGUGUUCCGGACGGUGAUGUAUCCGCGCUACGGCCCGGCCGGGGGCGGCCUGCUGCGGCUGCACUCCACGUACCGCCACGACCUCAAGAUCUACUCCUCGGACGAGGGCCGCGUGCAGACCAGCGCCGCCGCCUUCACGCAGGGAUUGCUUGACUUGGAGGGCGACUCCCUCACACCCAUCCUCGUCAGUCUGGUGAAGAAGGAUGCCGGCAUGCUGGACGCGUUUGGCAAGGGGGCGAGCGAGGACAUCCGCGCGGCCAAGGCAGAGCUCUACGCGCAGAUGACGUGGGACCCGAUGACAUCCCAGUCGCUCAACACCCCUCCCCAGAUCACCACCCCCAUGCCCUCGCCACCGCCGUCUCCCAAAACAGACUCCGCCCUCCACAAGGCCAACUCAGGCAGCAUGAAUUCGCCUCCGCAGGGAGUCUCCAUCUUCAAAGCGGCGGACGCCGCGCAGUCGCGGCCGCUGUCACCGAUGCCUUCGGGGCUGACCAGCCGCCGCGCGUCGCAUGACGGCUCGGUGAGCAGCGGCGCCGGCGGCGGAGGCAGUCGCCGCGCCACCGAGGACGCCGCGGCCCGCCCAGUGAUCCACCCCAUGCCCCAGAAGCCGCUCUCGCUGCUGCGCCAGCUCACCGGGCACAUCAAGGUGUUGGUGGAGCAGCUGAGGCAAAUGUGCCUGGACGAGCGGGUCGGCAGGAAUGGCCCCGAAGGUCGCAACUACAGCGCUCUCACGCAGAGCCCACGCGAGUGGGGCCUGGAGUCUGGGAAGCCCUGCAGCGGCGAGCGCCUGCUGCUCAUGUUUGACAGAUGGCGCAAGCUGCUCAAGGCGUUCUACAGUGACAAGAAGCAGCAGUUUGACAUCAGCAAGGUGCCGGACAUCUAUGACUCUGCCAAGUACGAUGCCAUCCACAACAGCGAGCUGGGCCUGACCCUCAAGCCCCUCUACACGGUGGCGAAACAGCUGGCGGACUGCGUGAUUCCCAACGAGUAUGGCAUCGACCCGGCCGGGAAGAUGCGUAUCGGCUCCAAGAUCUGCUGCGCGCUGCUGGGCAAGCUGCUCGCCGACCUGGCCAACAUGCGCGAGGAAUCCAUCGCCACUGCGGGCAUGGAGGGCACAGGCGAGCCGGUAUCGCCCUUUGACUACGUGGAUCUGAACCCGGCGGCGUCAGCGGCGGACAUCCCAGGGCCGGCCGCGCAGGGCAUGCAGCAGAGGGCCGACGCCUUCUCUGCCACAUCAGCGCCGGCCCGCCUCGACGGCGCGGACACCAUGCUCUCGGACGACAGCCUGCUGAACAACGCUGCCUCCACCUCCUCCACCGGCGUGCUGGGAACGGAGGAGACAGCGGGGAACGACGACGAGGUUGAGGAGGACAGGGAGACGCUGCACCGGCUGUGCCCCACGUACGCGCAGGACAUCAACUCGCCGCUGCGCCACGUGCGCACGCGCAUCUACUUCACCUCCGAGUCCCACAUGCACUCCCUCAUCAACGUCCUCCGCUUCGCCCACCUAUCGCGGGACAUCCCCACAGAGAGCCUGGUGAGCGACGCUGCGCAGGAGAUGCUGCGGAACACCACAGAGCUGGACUACAUGACCCACAUCGUCUUCCGCAUGUAUGAGAACAAGAGGGUGCCUGUGGAGAGCGCUGAGAGGUUCCGGGUGGAGGUGCUCUUCAGCCGGGGGGCGGGGCACAAUCCAUUUGAGGUCAUCCCCAUCAAGCAGGACCACACCCUGCCCAUCGCCCUGCGCACUCCUCUCCACCGAGAUACGGGGACUACCUGGUCGCAGCUAUCGGAGCUACUCAGUCCCCACUCCACACCGGCCAAGGCGUCCACGUACACAUACUCUAUGCAAUGA